AUGAAGCUCAAAUCAGCCAUUCUUGUGAUAUUACAUUUUCUUCAAGGCUGCAUUGUGGAUGGGCAUAUGAUUUGUCAAAGGUAUUCAACGUUAGAAUGGAGAACUCAGCCAACAGUGCAUAUAAUGAAGUGGUCCCUGACCCAAACCAUCUGUUUCAACACUUACUCAGACUGCUGGAAUACUGAUUCAGAUCUCAAAAGGAACACAAUAGAAAUGAUAAUUCCAGCUAAUCUUCAGCUUUGUCCUCUGCAACUUCAGCUGGGAGAUUCUCUUUUUGUUUCUUCUGAGCCGUCUUUUCAAUCAUAUGGAAUGAACCUGGCCAAUGUGUCCUUGGAAGAAUUUAUGAAGUGCCCUCAAGAAGAUGUCCCUCAGAAACAGCAGAUUUUUGGUUGCAGAUUAAGAGGAAUGUAUCAAAUUGACCCAAAGUGGCUUGGGAUUGGAACACAUUACUUUGUAGAAGCUCCUGCUAGAGGUCCAUCUUUAUGCAAUUUAGGACUCAGACUGAAUGUAACAGUAAAGCAGCAUUUUUGCCAGCAGUCUCCAAGUGCACCUUUUUGCUCUGGACAUGGAAAAUGUCUAAGUCAUACCUGGGAUAAAGAAUAUAAUUGUCUAUGUAACCAGCCAUACUCAGGACAAUUCUGCCAGCAAUCUGAUGUGUGCUUCAGUAAACCCUGUCACAACAACGCUUCCUGUGUUGGCAGAGCAAAAAAAGGAGAAAAUGGUGGAGAUUCCUAUGAGUGCAUAUGCCCUCCAUUGUUUGUAGGCAAGAACUGUUCAGAAAUCAUUGGACAAUGCCAGCCAGAUAGUUGCCAUCAUGGCAACUGCAGCAAUAUAACACCAAACACCUACCAAUGCCAAUGCAGUAAGGAUUUUUCAGGUCCAUUUUGCAAAGAGCAUCUGGCAGCAUGUAGUUCUCAACCAUGUCAGAAUAAAGGGGUGUGCUAUGAUCAUCCUUCUGGAUACAGCUGUAAUUGUCCUGUGGGAUUCCAAGGUCAUGACUGUGAAGUUGACAUCGAUGGAUGUCCAUCAAGACCAUGUCAGAACGGAGGCACGUGUACUGACAUGCCAAAUGAUGUGACCUGCACAUGCCUGCCAAGGUUCACAGGUAAAUUCUGUGAAAUGAUGGUUACCAUCUGUGAGCCAUCUCCCUGCCUCAACAAUGGCACUUGCAUAGCAGACGGGGAAAGCUAUCACUGCAGCUGCAUGCCAGGAUACACUGGAAAGAACUGUGUGGAAGUAAUUGACUACUGUGAACUGCUCAGCAUCAACUGUCUGAAUGAAGGAUUAUGUCUCAGUAUAAUUGAAGGAUUCCGUUUGUGUGCGAAUGGAGGGAGAUGCUUCCAUGAUGAAGACAACCUGGGUUAUCAAUGUGUCUGUCUUCCUGGCUGGACGGGACCUACAUGCCUGGAAAAUAUUAAUGACUGUGAAGUGAGCUGGUGCCAGAAUGGAGGCACUUGUGAAGACGGAAUCAAUGAAUACAGAUGUUUGUGUCCUCCAGGUUAUUCUGGAACAUUUUGUGAACUCAGCUUAGACCCUUGCAUUGGAAACCAAUGCUCAGACUAUGGCUUUUGUACAGGGAAUUUGAAUAAUUACACCUGCCACUGCAGUCCUGGCUAUGAAGGACCAUUCUGUGAAAUGGAAGCAAAUGAAUGUUCAAGUUCACCCUGCAAAAACGGGGCCACCUGUUUGGAUUUAAUUGGCCGCUUCUCAUGUCGGUGUGCUGCAGGAUUCACAGGUUCAGCUGGCAGCUUCUGGUGCCUAGCUGUUCAGGGCCACAAUGACUGUGAAAGAGAUAAUUUAAGUUUGAAUUCCAAAACUCCUUAA